CAGAGGCAGUACAAGAAAGACUUCCUUCGACGCGCAUCAGGAGUGACGCUUUCAACUUACAAGACGGCUGAUGCUGUGUAAGGGGAAGCCACGUCUGUGUCACUCAUGGAUGUUAGGGGUGUUGUUAGCCCUGGUGGGUCGACAUCCAGAGCAGAUGAGGAGCAAGACAAUAUAGCACUCCUUCGGGAUGCUGUGCCUCAGCUAGAGUCUCUGUUUGUUAUCAGUCAGUGUAUUGGACAUGGCACGUUCAGCUCUGUGUACUUGGCUCGCACCAAACACACCACCACCAUCAAUGGCCGGCAUCACUUUGCUAUCAAACACAUUAUACCUACGUCUCACCCAUCAAGGGUCUACAUGGAACUGAAAUGUCUCAAGCUGAUUGGUGGCUUAGACAACGUAAUGGGGGUGACGAUGUGCUUCCGGGAAAUGAACCAUGUUGUUCUUGUGAUGCCUUACUUCCCACACGAUUCCUUUGCUGACUAUGUUGGCUGUUUGACCAUAGCAGAGCUACAGGAUUACCUAAGAAACCUUCUGAUUGCUCUGAGAAGGGUGCACAGUUUUGGCAUCAUACAUCGAGAUGUCAAACCGGCCAACUUUCUCUACAACCGAAAACAACAGAGGUACUCCUUGGUGGACUUUGGCUUAGCACAGGAAGUCAGCCAAAUAAAGACAUCAGCCAUGCAUGGCAACUUGGCGCGACUAAAUCGUGCAAGAAUAGAGGCUGCGAACCAGAUGCUCACCCCACCCACAGUUGAGACGCCACACCAUCCUGCCAACAAGACAGUGAAGAGGAAACUGGUUGUCAGUCCUGGAGAACCAACAGAGGCUGAGAAAAGCGUUAAACGAGCAAGGCAGGGAUCACCUCCAUCAACAUCUGUGUCUAGCAUCCUCUCUACUACAACAAACAGAGUUAAUACAGCAUUACGUCGUUCACCAAGAAAGCAGUGUUCCAUUGCACCAUCACCAAAGAAGGAAAAUUUUGAGUUAAUGGGGACACCAAGGAAGGUUACGAUUCAGAGUUCAAAUGUACAACAGGACUCCCCAAGCAAACAUACCAGAAAUGCAGAAGCUAAUCGUAGGUUAGAGUCACCAGACUUUAAUGGCUUUGAGGGUUCUGGCCAGUCUCAUCAACUCCUGCGACAAGAGGGUGGAAGAGUUUUAAGACGCUCUCCUCGGAAACCGGCACCUGUGAACAACACAAGCACUCAGCUUGAGGGCUUAGCUAAACAUUUGCAGGAGGUUACAUCUAGACAAGCAAAUAAAACCCCAGUGGCAAAAGCUGAAAUCAGAGACAUAUCAAGCACGAGCAAUGAAUCAUCAUUAGCAAGUAAAAGUUUCACUCAGCGACACCGUCAGAUGUCCAGUGUUACAGCUCUUAGUGCCAGAGUCCCUCGCAUUGCCAAAGCUUUUCAGCAAAAGCAAGGACCUUCUACUGCCUUCAGGGAUGUGAGGGUGCUACAAGAGGUACAAACCCGAAAAGGAGCUAUGUUGCAGCCAGUGAGUUGUAAGUGUUAUGGUCAUCCCCGAGUCUGUAGUGUGUGUGUUACAAGAACAAAUCAGGUGGCCCCAAGAGCUGGCACACCUGGAUUUAGGGCUCCUGAAGUGCUCCUGCGUCACCCUGAUCAAGGAACUGCUGUUGAUAUGUGGUCAGUUGGUGUUAUCCUGUUGUGCCUUCUAAGUGGACGUUACCCAUUCUUCCGUGCUGUUGAUGACCUCUCCACCUUAGCUGAAAUAGCUACAUUACUUGGAACGCAAGUGAUGAAGAAGACAGCAGCACAUUUGGGAAAACUGUUUACUUGCUCAGAAACCAGAAAUCCACUUGAUUUGAUGAAAGUUUGUGAGAUUCUUCGUAGCAACUCUAGGAGAAGCAACAUCAACACAGACAAAGAGACCUUGCCACAGCCAUGUCCAAGCUGCUACCAGCAAGACAUGUGUGUAUGUCUCAUCCCCCCCACCAAGGCCACUACCUCACAGAAUGCAUCUGGGCAAUCCAGCAAGAAGAGAUCACAGGCCCAGGAACGACAUCAGCCUCUCAAGACACCUGGGGCACAUCGGAAGGGAAGUACAUUGGUUGGUGUCUCGUCAACUUCAAGGACAGAACCUGAGGUUGUAGCCAUUAGUAAAAAAGCACAGGAGCAGAUACAGGUACAGCCCCAAGGACCAACAACUACCACACCAAAGGAGGAGGAGCAGACCAGAGCACCAGCCUCAGACAGUAGCUGUAUCGUUGUCACCCCAUCUUCCUCUUGCAAGAAGAUGCAGCCUGAGCCAGAGCUGCCAAGAGACUCCCUGGAGGUGAUUGAGGUUAAGAUUAAAGAAGAUAGACACUGCAAUGCUGUUGCCGCAGCAUACCCACCACUUGUUUACCACCUGUUGAUUAGGCUCCUAGAUCCCAAUCCAGAUACUCGCAUUACUGCUCAAGAAGCCUUAGAUCAUCCCUUUUUAAAAUGUCCUUUAGGUUAGCUCUCUAGGUGCAUGUGUAUGGUACAUUACUGCGUUUGUGGUAUUUUUAUACGGUUUUGAUUAAGGGUUAGAGUUCAUUAGCUAAGGCAAUGUUGAAGUUGUGUUAGAAUGAGAUUGAUAUAUUUAUUAUGAUAUUUACAAUGGGGAUAAUGUGGCUGAAACUAAGCAUAAGCAAGUGGACUUGGCUGUCUCAUUGUAUAUUAUUUUUGUACAAGUACCGCGUAUCGACCAUUGGAUUAUACAUUUUGUUAUACUAUUCAUCUUUUUAUCUUUUUUUUAUUAAUUUACAGUACAAUUAAUAUUAGUGUGAAACAUAUUAGUGUCAAAUGAUAACAGUACUUUGGAAGGAGUUGAAAUGAGUAAAAAAAAAUAAAAAAAAUAGACAUGCCAAAAAGAACAAAGUAAUGAUACUUUAAUAUAAUUUACACAAAAGUAAAAUGAAGAAGUGCACAUGUCCAGAAAAUUUUGAUUUUCUAUGUUUAUGAAAGGGUAAUGGAAAUUUGCAGUGAUGAUAAAUUUUCGUUUUUAUGUAUUUAUUGUCUACUAUAAAUAUAUUGUUAAAGAUCUUGCCGUGAAUAUUAAAAAUUGUUAGAGCUGUGAAUAUUAAAAAUUGUUAGAUGCUGAGCUGCCAAAGAGGAUUGAGAAUGAUUACAGAGACUUAAUUAUUCAAUCAUGGUUAAUGUGAUUAUACAGUAACAAAGCAGCUGAAUUACACUGUUUAUAAAAGGGCCUUCUUAAUAGGAAUUUUUUGCUUUAGGAAGUUACAGUCCUCAGGGAGGUGAAAGAAGGAAGAACCGUUGAAAUAUCAUUUUUCUGUCUUUUGUGUUUAUUUUGUGUGUAUAUUGCCCUCCUCAGUUUCUGUCUUUCCCAUUAUGAGACAUUCACAGUCAGACUUGAGCUCAUACUCUCAGACCCCUGCUCAAAGUGACAUUCAAAGUUACAUUCAAACUGAAAUAGCCAUUCUUUUGGGUGACAUAAACUUAAUAUAAUUCACAGAUUAAAACUUACCUCACACUUGUCUUGAAAUGUGAAUCCACUAUCUGUUGCAUAUGCAUAUAACUAUACAGGCAUGUAAGUUAGAGAUGUGUAUAAGCAGUUUAGCCAAAGUUCAAUAUUUUAAUUGCCAUGUACAAGAUGCAUUAUGAUUUCAACUGUGUGGUAGAAUUUGGUAUUAAAUAAUAGUGUUGGAUUGCUAGAUAUGUAAUGAUGUUAUCAUAGGAUUUUCAAACCUUUUUUAGCAUUUUAUUGCCUAUGAGUAGCAUUUAUAUAAAAAAUAACUGCAGUUGGUAAUUUCCUGAUAUCAUAGUGUUAAUGACCUACUGCUGGACUUCAUCAUAAUACCAUUACUGUUCCUAAUAUCUCAAAGCUUUUAUUGUUUUCAGUAUCUGGCGAGCUUUCAAAAUUAUAUACUUCUAUUUUUACACCUAUUGUAAACCAACUUAGAUGUUUUCAAAUACUAAUAGCCAAUUUAUGUGAUGGCUAAUGAGUUUAGAAAUGGAGAUCAAAUGUGAUAGAUAAAACUGAACAGAAAGCCUUGGCUGUGAUAAACUUGAUAAUUAUUAACUAUCAGACAUAGAAAUGAUCUAAAAAUGUAAAGUGCAGUAAAUAAAGAUCUCGUUUCUUUGCA